GCAAACGUAGAUUAAACAAUAAACGUAAAUAUCUAGAUUUAAAUAAAAAUAAUCUGCUUGUGGAUCAAUUUAUUUUAUCACCACGAAAUUUAAUAGAAGAAUCGAGAUCAUCAUAUCCAAUUCGAACAUAUCGAAAGAAACUUAAACGAUACAAUAUGUCAACAGAUCAUUGGGAACAAACAUCAAAACUUUUACCUAAUUAUAAACAAUUAUCUCCAUUUAAAUUCAAACAGAUACUACUAAAGGCCAUUUCUAAUGAAUAUCGUAAUGAACUCAAUCAAUUACUAAACAAUAUAGCAACACUUCAAUUCAUAAAAAAACGUGCUGAACUCUUAUGUAUGGUUUUUCAAUUAAAAAUUGAACAAGAUUAUUGGAAUUAUAUUGGCACUCUAAAUAUGCCUACCAUAACAUGGUUAUCGUUGAAAACGUCCAAAGUUAUUAUAAAACAAAAUUUCAUCAAUUGGGAUCAUACAAAAACAAUAACAUAUAUUCAACGUCAACAAAAUAAGAUUAACAAUAAAUUACAAAAAGCAAUAUUUAAUUUAUAUGUUCAUUUUGAACAAGCAUUUCCAUUGAAUGAACGAAUAUGCAAUGUCAUGUCUCUGGAUGAUUUAUCAAAAAUCAUUUAUAGUGCUCUUGCUAUUAUUUUAGAAAAAAGUCUUCAUUAUUUUCAUCUCAAUUUUGAACAAAAAGAAAUCCUAUUAUAUUUUGAUAUUCAAGAUGCAUAUCUCGUAAAAUCAUUCUUUGAUUUAAAUCCAACUCUAGAACAGAUUGUCAGUUUUCAAAAUAUAUGUCGAACAUAUGUAAAAUCACAGAAAAAGCUUCUACGUCAAAAAAAGAAACAACAUAUAAAUGGAAUUACUUUUGAUGAAACUAUUUAUCAAGAAUGUCCCGUAUCAUGUUCUAUGGAAAUAUUCAAUGACGUCCUGCGUACUAUUAUCAACGCACGCCAAACGAAUCUGCAUCAACGUACUCAGCAAAUAAUGAAAUUCGUAACCACCAUCGAUAAUAAUGAAUUCUUCUAA